GUCCCUUCAUGUUCCCUUCAUAAGACUAAACUACUUCUUCUUCUUCAUAUCAUUUCCCUUUUUUUUUUCUUCUUAAAUUUAUAUUCGAAACUACAAAAUUUUCGACGGAUUUUAUUUGUCGAGGAGAGAGAAAAUGGGAAAUGGUUGCUGCUUCGGUGAGGCUGGAGGAAGAAUGGCGGUUGGUAGUAGCAUGACUGGUCAACACAAUCAUCCAAGUGAUGGUCCAAACGACGCCGUUAGUCUCUUCCUUAAGUCUCGCGGCUACCAUGGUCUCUUCUCUCAGAUCGAGCUGUCAUUGUCAGCUUCAAGCUUACGUGAUCGAGAUGUGCUUUCGAAGAGUGAUCCAAUGGCAGUAAUUUAUAUGAAAGGAAGAAAUGGUAGACUUGAAGAACUUGGACGGACCGAAGUUGUAUCCAAUUCACUAAAUCCUACAUGGAUUGAAAAGGUCAACGUAACGUAUCAUUUUGAACUUUUGCAGACAUUAACGUUUCGUGUUUAUGAUGUUGAUACUCAGUUUCACCACGUAGAUGUACAGAUGCUUAAAUUGGAUGAGCAGCAAUUUCUGGGUGAGGCUUCAUGUACAUUGUCAGAGAUAGUUACCAGAUCAAACAGAUUAUUGACAUUAGACCUUGCGCAACAUGAGGACAUUAUGAAAGCAGCCCAUCCAAAAAGCUAUGGAAAGCUCACUAUUCAUGCUGAAGAAUCUAUUAACUCAAAGAUCACAACUGAAAUGAUAUUAAGGUGUUCAGAGUUGGAAAAUAAGGAUCUCUUCUCGAAAAGUGAUCCAUUCUUAGUGAUAUCUAAAAUUGUAGAGAGUGGCAUUUCUAUUCCAAUUUGCAAAACAGAAGUCAUAAAGGAUGAUUUGGACCCAACCUGGAAGUCCGUGUUCCUUAAUAUUCAACAAGUCGGAAGUAAGGAUAGUCCAUUAACAAUCGAGUGCUUUAACUUUAACAGCAAUGGGAAGCAUGAUUUGAUUGGGAAAAUCGACAAAUCACUGGUUGAUCUUGAAAAGAUCUAUUUGAGUCAGACUGGUGCAAAUCUAUAUCUACCUGCUGCUGCUGGACAUGAUUAUCACAAUAAGGUCUUGAAAAGUCAACUCUUUGUGGACAAGUUCUCAGAGAGUGUCCAAUACACUUUCCUUGAUUACUUGGCUGGUGGAUGUGAGUUGAAUUUUAUGGUGGCCAUUGAUUUUACAGCUUCAAACGGGAACCCCCGCCUCCCUGAUUCCCUGCAUUACAUUGAUCCAUCAGGUCGCCCAAAUGCAUACCAGAAAGCAAUUCAGGAGAUCGGGGGAUUGUUGCAGUUUUAUGAUUCAGACAAACGCUUUCCUGCCUGGGGUUUUGGAGCACGUCCUAUUGAUGGUCCUGUUUCUCAUUGCUUCAACUUGAAUGGAAGCAGUAAUUACUGUGAGGUUGAAGGGAUUCAAGGAAUCAUGACAGCAUAUAUAAGUGCUCUAUUCAAUGUUUCACUUGCUGGGCCAACCCUUUUUGGUCGUGUUGUUACUGUUGCAGCUGAUAUUGCUAGUCAGGCUCUUGUAGAAGGACAACAAAAAUACUAUGUUUUACUAAUAAUCACGGAUGGUGUGAUAACAGAUCUUCAGGAGACGAAAGAUGCUAUUGUAAAGGCAUCUGAUCUGCCAUUGUCAAUACUCAUUGUGGGAGUCGGAGGAGCUGAUUUUAAGGAGAUGGAGUUUUUAGACGGAGACAAAGGAGAGAGACUUGAGAGUACAAGUGGGCGUGUUGCAUCCCGUGAUAUUGUGCAAUUUGUGCCAUUCCGGGAUGUCCAAGGUGAAGAGGUCUCCAUGGCUCAAACACUUUUAGCAGAAUUGCCCUCACAAUUUUUAAGUUACAUGCGGACCAGGGGAAUUGAACCCAAAAGCAUGAUAUUGUGAUAACUGUACAUAUGAAUAUUUGGUUUUGAUUUGUGCUUUCGGUGGUGAAUCGAGUCAAAAUUAUCAGCUCGAUGCCCAAUUGUCCAUUAUUUUUGUUUUGUUAUAUUUCCUUUCUUUUCCCCCUUUUUUAUUAUUAUUUUUUUAAAAUUGUGUCACCUUUGAAAGGGGGCAGAUGAGAAAAGGGGUGAUCCCUUGUGUAGUAGGCAGAAACUAUAUUCCUAUGUCAUACAAAGCAAUGUUUGUUCUUUAUAUUACAGGUGUAAAUAUUAUGUUUUCAA